AGGGAUCCGGACCCUCACAGCACUCUCCGUCUGAGUUUCUGCUCUCGGUUUGGAGCCGGAGCCGCGCAGCGCGUGUCAGUCUUGUUUGCGUUUGUCUGUCGUUUGCUAUUUUCUGUCUGAGCGCUCUCCUCCUAGAAACAGCUAUGGGACAGACUGUCACCACCCCCUUGAGCCUCACGCUUGACCACUGGUCAGACGUGAAAGCACGAGCCAACAACGAGGGACUUGUGAUCAAGAAAAAGAAAUGGAUCACCCUUUGCAAGGCUGACUGGGUCAUGAUGAAUGUAGGAUGGCCUCGCGAGGGAACUUUUAACCUCAGUCUUAUUUUACAGGUGGAGGGAAAAGUCUUCGCUCCGGGUCCCCAUGGCCACCCGGACCAGGUUCCAUACAUCGCCAUAUGGAAACUCCUAGCGACCGACUCCCCCCCAUGGGUUAAGCCGUUUCUCCCUUCCAGCGCCCCAGGCCUCCCCCCCACAGCAACGCCGCCCCCUCUCGCCCCUCCUACCUCCUCCCUUUACCCUAUUCUCCCACGAAAGGAUCUCCCUACAACCUCUGUCCUUCCUCCGGAUCCCAAUUCACCCCUUAUUGACCUUUUGACAGAGGACCCACCGCCGUAUCCGGGGAAUUGGGCGCCGGAGAGACCAGCGGCAGCGGUCCCCGUGCCGGCGCCGGAGAGACCAGCGGCGAGCCCGGCUCCCUCCCCAAUUGCCGGUCGCCUACGAGGAAAGCGCGAUGAACCAGCCAAAGUAUCCAGGGCCUUCCCCCUCAGGGAGGGACCCAAUCACCAGCUUCAGUACUGGCCGUUUUCGGCCUCUGAUCUUUACAACUGGAAGCAGCAUAAUCCUCCUUUCUCUAAGGACCCUGUUGCCUUGACUAAUCUGAUUGAGUCCAUUUUAGUGACCCACCAGCCUACAUGGGAUGACUGUCAGCAGUUACUGCAAACCCUCCUGACAGUGGAGGAGAAGCAGCGAGUCUUCUUGGAGGCCCGGAAGCAGGUUCCUGGAGACGAUGGAAGACCCACCCAACUGCCUAAUGUUAUUGAUGCAGCCUUUCCCCUCACCCACCCGAACUGGGACUUCAUGACCCCAGAAGGUAGGGAGCACCUACGUCUCUUUCGCCAGUUGCUCUUAGCGGGUCUCCGGGGGGCUGCUAGGCGCCCCACCAAUUUGGCUCAGGUUAGGAAUAUGGUCCAGGGAAAAGAUGAAACGCCGGCAGCAUUCCUGGAAAGACUUAAAGAGGCCUAUAGGAUGUAUACCCCAUAUGAUCCGGAAGAUCCAGGACAGGCGCCGAGCGUCAUCUUGUCUUUCAUCUAUCAGUCAAGUCCAGAUAUAAGGGCCAAGUUACAGAGACUAGAGGGAUUGAAUUCGUUCAAUUUGUCAGAUUUGUUGAAGGAGGCAGAGAAAGCUUUUAAUAAAAGAGAAACUCCCGAAGAGCGGGAGGAGAGAAUGUGGCAGAGACAGGAAGAGAGAGAUAAGAAACGUCAUAGAGAAAUAAGUAAAGUCCUGGCCGCUGUAGUGUCUCAGGGACAGGUCAGAGAGGAAGUUAGGAAGGGAGAGCAAAGAAGGACACCCUUUGACAAAGACCAGUGUGCCUACUGCAAAGCGAGAGGACAUUGGGCUUGUGACUGCCCAAAGAAACCCCGAGGGCCUGAAAGAACUAAGACAAGAGCCAUGGACCUCCUCAAUCUGGAGGAUUAGGGAGGCCAAGGCCAGGCCCCCCCCCCCGAGCCUAGGAUAACUCUCAAGAUCGGGGGGCAGCCAGUGACCUUCCUAGUGGACACCAGAGCUCAACAUUCAGUCCUGACCCAUACCGGAAGCUCUCUCAGUGACUGCACAGCUUUGGUCCAGGGGGCCACAGGUAGCAGGAGAUAUCGAUGGACCACCGAAAGAAAGGUUCAGCUGGCAUCUGGACAGGUAACCCACUCUUUUCUGCAUAUACCUGAUUGCCCUCACCCAUUAUUGGGCCGAGACCUGUUGACUAAGCUCAAGGCUCAGAUCUAUUUUGAUGACAAGGGGUCGACCGUUACAGGACCCAAAGGGACCCCCCUACAAGUCCUAGCCCUAAAACUGGAAGAGGAAUACCGCCUCUUUGAAUCCGAGUCCUCUAAGGAGCCAUCAGAAGGGAUACAGGGCUGGUUGAGAGAAUUUCCCUCGGCAUGGGCAGAGACUGGCGGCUUGGGGCUGGCUCGCGACCAACCCCCUCUUGUUAUUCAGUUAAAAGCCUCCGCCACUCAUGUUUCAAUCAAACAGUAUCCCAUGUCCCGGGAAGCCCACGAGGGUAUUAAACCACACAUCCGGAGGCUCCUGGACCAAGGGGUACUUGUGCCCUGUCGAUCCCCUUGGAAUACCCCCCUCCUGCUGAGCCAGCUGCUAUUCGCUUUUGAAUGGAGAGACCCAGAAAUGGGACUUUCAGGACAGUUAACCUGGACUCGGCUCCCCCAGGGGUUUAAGAACAGCCCGACCCUCUUUGAUGAGGCCCUACAUUCAGACCUGGCUGAGUUCCGGGUCGAGCACCCAGCCUUAAUCUUGCUCCAAUAUGUGGAUGACCUCCUCCUAGCAGCCAGAACCCAAGCUGAAUGUUUGAGAGGCACUCGGGCCCUUUUGACUAAACUGGGACAGAAGGGCUAUCGGGCUUCGGCCAAGAAGGUGCGGGAGUUCCUAGGUACAGCCGACUACUGCCGCCUCUGGAUCCCAGGUUUUGCUGAGAUGGCUGCCCCUCUAUAUCCUCUCACCAAGCCCGGGGUCAUGUUCCACUGGGGAGAGGAGCAACAACAGGCCUUUCAACAAAUUAAGAGAACUUUACUCGAGUCACCAGCUCUUGGCCUACCAGAUCUGACUAAGCCCUUUGAACUAUUCGUGGACGAGAAACUCAGGCUUUGCAAAAGGAGUGCUGGUACAGAGACUGGGGCCAUGGAAGAGACCUGUAGCUUAUCUAUCCAAGAAAUUGGACCCGGUGGCUGCAGGUUGGCCCCCUUGUCUGCGCAUGGUAGCCGCCAUCGCUGUCUUGCUCAAGGACGCAGGGAAACUGACUUUGGGACAGUCAUUAACUGUGUUAUCCUCCCAUGCGGUGGAAGCUCUGGUCUGGCAGCCUCCAGAUAA